CUGAAAACUUAUCUGAUAGUGAGAGGAAGUGAUGGAGAAGAGGAGCAGCGUGUUGAUAAUUGGAGCAACCGGAAGAUUGGGUUAUCAUUUGGCCAAAAUUAGCAUUGAAAAUUGUCAUCCCACUUUCGUUCUCAUAAGAGAUUCAUCUUCCAAUGACCCAGACAAACAACACAAGAUUCAGUAUCUCUCCAGUGCUGGUGCCACCCUCCUCAAGGGAUCACUGGAAGAUGAGAAGAGUCUUUUUGAAGCAGUGAAGCAAGUUGAUGUGGUUAUUUGCUCGAUUCCAUCUAAGCACGUUCUUGACCAGAAGCUUCUUAUACGACUUAUCAAACAAGCUGGCUGCAUCAAGAGGUUUAUUCCAUCAGAAUUUGGAGCAGAUCCAGACCGAACUCAGAUUUCUGGCAUGGACAACAACUUCUAUUCACGUCGAUCUGAGAUUCGACGUCUCAUAGAAGCAGAAGGCAUUCCCUACACUUAUAUCUGCUGCAAUCUAUUCAUGACCUAUUUACUUCCAUCGCUUGUCCAGCCAGGCCUAAAGACUCCUCCAAGGGAUAAGGUUAUAAUUUUUGGGGAUGGAAACACAAAAGGUGUCUUUGUGAAGGAUGUUGAUGUUGCUGCUUUCACAAUUAGUGCACUGGAUGAUCCACGUACAUUGAAUAAAGUGUUACAUCUCAGGCCGCUGGGAAACGUUUGCUCUAUGAAUGAGCUGGUUGAGACUUGGGAGAGUAAGAUUGGCAAGAAGCUUGAAAGAUUUUAUGUACCAGGAGAAGCACUUCUUAAGAAAAUCAAAGAGACUCCUUAUCCAGAUAACAUGGAGAUGAUUUUCAUAUAUUCAGUCUUUGUGAAAGGAGAUCACACAUACUUUGAUAUUGAGUCUUCUGGGGGAGUGGAUGGGACACAGCUGUAUCCACACUUGAAGUACACCACAGUCACUGAGCAUUUAGACACCCUAUUGUGAGAGUUGUCUUUAUUAAACACUUCUUCUAUGAACAAUCCUGUCAUUUUUUUCUUGUGCUUGGGUCACCGUUUCCACUGAGUUGAAUUUAUUUACUCCAUUGAUAAGAUCUAGAGCAAAAGUUAUGAUAUAGAACAUGCAGCAAGAGCUCCUACAUUACCGGUCCAGCUGCAGCAGUGCUUGAGGUAUACAAAACAUGGAAAAAUAGUCCCGGGCUUUGUGUUUUAUAUUUAGAUUUUGUGUCUAAACUUUUCCUAGUUGUUGCACUAAAUCAUAGCGUUGUGUUCAUCAAGCGGUACGAGUUCUUGGCUAGUUUCUUUUCCAGUCAAGAGGGUGGUAUUCUCCUCCAGAUGUAUUCUUUCAGAUGUUUUCAGUUUUGCAGAUCCUGUUAAUCUAACCAUCCUACUGUAAUUUCUUCCAAGUUGAUGAUACUUCAAUUAUUUGAACAUGUAGAAUGGAGCGAUGAAACCCAACAAAUCUUCAUGUUAUAUAUUUCUUUGUUGAUGUUGAUGGACCAUGGUUGUUGAUGUUGAGAUUUAUACGAUUGAAAGAAGAUUUAGUUGGUUUUUUAGGAUAGGGUUUUUGGAUUUGUACAAUUUAUUAUAUUGGGUGAUUCUUAAGUGUUUGAGACGAAUUUGUUGAGAAUUUUUGUGUAAUAAUAGAUGUAGAUUUGAUUGUUGUUGUUUUGGAUA